AUGCCCAUGGCCUACCUGCUCUCGACGGCUGCGGCCGGCCUCGGCCUCCUCGCCAGCGCCUUCGCGGCCCCUGCAACGACUGGAUCGAUCGCCUUGGCCAGCGGCAAGAGCCUCUUCACCUUUGACUACGUUACGCCGCAGGCGCACGCGAAGAACUGGAUCGGCAUCUACAACAUAUACUCCGGCGGGCCCGAGAAGGAAAAGUUCGUUUCGCCAUCGAUAACGUGGGAGUACGCGCCCGCGACCGAGGGCGGCGUCCACAUCCCGGCUGCCAAGCUGCAGCCGGGGUCCUACAAGGCCUAUUUCCUUGCCGAGGACGGCUACAGGUGGCUCGCCCGUCCGGUGUCCUUUGUCGUCGCCGGUAAGGGGGCCCUCGCCUUUACCGUUGAUCAGUUUACCACCCGCAACGGCCGUGUCGGCGACGGCUUUCGGGCGAGCAUCUCCGGCCUGCUGGCGAACCCGCCCGACGCCAAGACGAGCUUCUCCAAGGUGUCAGGCCCCGCUUGGGUCCGCGUUUCGGCCGACGGCACCUUGUCCGGCAUUCCUGACGCUGCCGGCACCUCCCGCGUGACGGUCCGGGCGACAGCCACCGACGGCUCUCAGGCGUCCCUCGAGGCAACCAUCCCCGUGCGCAAGUAUGGGACGCCUCUCGUCGACCGCCUUGGGGCUCUCUCCUUUAACCUCUGGCACGGAGGCACGCAGGUCAGUGACUACCACCGUAAGCAGGUCCAGUUCAUCGUCUCCACCGGUGUCGACGUUGUCGGCUUUCAGGAGAGCACCGGUGGCCACGCCAUCCGUCUCGCUCAGGCCCUUGGCUGGGAUGUCUACCAGGGCAAUGACGUCGGCAUCAUCAGUCGCUAUCCCAUCGUCCAAGUAUAUCCUGACAUGUGGGUGGCCGGCGCCGUCCGCAUCUCCCUCGACGGCGAAAACCGGCAGGUGAUUGUGUGGAACGUCCAUCUCGGCUACACGCCGUACGGACCAUACGAUUUUUGCUUUGACAAGAUGAGCUGGGAGCGUGUGCUCCGACGCGAAACCGAGUCCGGUCGGACGCCCCAGAUACGCGAUGUCCUUGGUCGGAUGAAGACCCAGCUGUCCAACACGAGCCGCGUUCCCAUCAUCCUCCUUGGCGACUUCAACGCGCCCUCCCAUCUUGACUGGACCGACGACACGCGAGGCCAGCACUGCGGCGUAGGCUUGACUCCCUGGCCGACUUCUAUUGAGCCCUUCAAGCUUGGUCUCGUCGACUCGUUCCGUGAGAUCCACCCGGACCCGGCAAGGGUGCCGGGUAACACCUGGUCGCCUGUUUACCUCGAUAACGCAGGUCGUCGGGAGCCGCUCGAUCGUAUCGACUUCAUCUACCACAAGGGCUUGACCGUUGUCGACUCGCAGGUCCUCGUCGUGGGGAAGCCUGCGCCACAGCCAAACCAUCGACACAACGAAUGGACAACAGACCACGCCGCUGUCAAGUCGGUCUUUCAGUUGGGGAAAGAGUAG